ACGCUCCUGAAACUGUUUCAGACUUGUGCGCGCCAUUGGCCGGGAUUACGCACAGCAGUUUAGAGGUUAUCCAAACACUUCUGUUUGUUUUUUGUUAACAAAUGAGCUGUUAUCUUUUAACCCAAAAGUUCCAAGUCCAUAUUCUAGCUAUUUUGGGCACAUUGAGUCAUAUUAAUAACUUAAUUGUGUGAUAAAUCUAUAGAUUCCUUUUAGCCGAGAAACAGAGAUGUAUCUGAUUUCCCAGUUGACAUCUAUUACGCAUUACCAUAAGAUUAGACCGCAAGUUUGCCAUUUAUAGAAGAAAUUGACACCUUUUGAUCUUGCAAUUAAAGUGAUGGAAAAGUGAUACAUUUUCCAACAUAGUCACCGUGCGCUAGCUCCCUCAAGCGGCACAGGAAAGAAGAAAUAUGGUGACGUCAGUGAGCUCUCCUGUGCGUCGACAUGUAGUUCCAAACUUACCAUAUGCGUUAUGAUAGACUUAAGCAAUGUUGGCUAUCAGUAGGCACGGUGUAGCUACUGGAGGGGAUCUCUAUUUACACACCCGAUAAAGCGAUUUGGGGAAUAUUGCUGGGAAGGUGGACAUCCGACUCUCUGGCUGCUUCUUCCAACUUCCUGCUCAAAAAGAAAGAAAAAAUCAGGAUCUCAUUACAGUUGAAGAAAGUGAUCUGCGACAGACAGAAUGGACAAUAAAAACAUUGUUCAGGAUCUUGUUUAGGAACCACCGGGAAUAGAAGAGAAACAUUUCAUCGAGGGGUAUGGAGAGUGCCAUCACGCUAUGGCAGUUCCUGCUGCAGCUACUGCUGGACCAGAGUCACAAGCACCUGAUCUGCUGGACCUCCAACGACGGCGAGUUCAAGCUGCUCAAGUCGGAGGAGGUGGCGCGCCUCUGGGGCCUCCGCAAGAACAAGACCAACAUGAACUACGACAAGCUCAGCAGAGCGCUACGCUACUACUACGAUAAGAACAUCAUCCGGAAGGUGAUCGGACAGAAAUUCGUCUACAAGUUUGUGUCCUUUCCGGAGAUUCUGAAGCUGGACCCCCAAGCCGUGGAGAUGGGCCAGCACGAGUUCAGCCGGACGGGGGGAGGAGGUGGAGGAGGAGGAGGAGGCCUCAGCAGCCAGGAGCAGGAGUGCCAGGAGCUGGUGGCCCGCAUCAAAGAGGAGGUGGUGGAGGACUAUGAUGAGGAUGAGGAUGGAGGUGUGGUGGUGGAGCAGGAGGGAGGGGUGGAGGAGGAAGGUGAGGAGGGCAUCGCUGACCAUUCCACGGCACUGAAGGCAGCUCUCCAGGUGCAGGCGUGCUACCACGAGUACCUGCGCUCGGGACUCUACCCCAGCCUGCCGUUCGGCUCGCUGCAGGGCCACUCGCAGCUCCUCCACGCCUUGCGCCAGAGGAGCGCCGUUGCAGCCGCAGUCGAGCCGCGCAAGGAGCCCCACAGCAGCGUCAUCCAGUUCGUCACUCAGGCCGCGGAGAAGAGCGACGUCCUCCUCUCCCCUUCCCACUCCUCCUCCUCGCGUCGCUCCUCUUCCUCCGAGUCCUCUGCUCCUUUCCUCCAUUCCAGGACCACCACCACCUCCUCCUCCUCUGCCAGGCGCUCUCCUCCUCGUCCCCAUGCCUCCUCAUCUCCCAUGUCCACAGCAGCCAGCACCUCCCAUCACCACCACCACCAUCACCACCAGCAGCACCCUGCCCUGGAGACCUGGAGGAGUCCUCGGCAGGAGGUGCAGGAGGACUCGGACCAGGAGGCUCAGGAGCCUCUGAACUUGUCCUCAGGGAGCCGGGAGCCGGGGCCGGGGGCCUCCUCUCAUGACAGGAGGGGCCAGCAGCAGCAGGAGCCGCCCAGAUCGGCCUCAGGCUCCUCCUCCUCCACUUCCAGGAGCAGGAAGCCCAAAGGUCUGGAGAUCUCCAACCCAUCCUCUUCCUCCUCUUCCAUACUGCUAACAGGAAGUGACCUCGGCUCCAUCGCCCUCAACAGCCCUGCCCUGCCGUCCGGUUCACUCACGCCAGCACUCUUCGCCGCACAGACGGCGUCUGGUCUCCUGCUGAGCCCCAGCCCCCUGCUGUCUGGCCUGCAGCUCUGGAACAGCAUCAGCCCAGUCGGGCCCCUCAGCCCCAGCCAGCUCCAGGGCCACCCGCCCCUCUUCCAGUUCCCCACCUUACUCAACGGAUAUGUUACAGUUCCUGUGUCCAGCCUGGAUGGGUCCUCCUCCCCGCUGCUGCUCUCGUCCAAUCACAAGUCUUGAUCUUCAGAUGAUUAAAAAAAGACGUCUGAAACAUUUGAUGGAUCAGAAAAGGAUCAAUUUCACUUUUUUAUGUAGUUUGAGAUCUUCAAUCUAUUGUUGCCUGGAGCACAAAGUGCCGAAGUGCUGAGGAAAAAAAGAAACCCAUAAUUGAGGGACAAACAUGUCAGUCUGCUUUGUUGUUUUUUGUAUAUAUUAUAUGUUUUGUUAUAUGGUGUCUUAUAUAAUGUGCUCAUACAUACUGUGCCUUUUUUAAGUGAAUGACAUGUGCCUUAUCUUUUACACACCUAAAGUACUAUUAAUAGACAAAAUUCCAGUUUAAAGGAAUUGCUGUCAAUUGUUUUCCCCCCAACAGUUACAUACAAGUUACAUUCUGUUUUUUUUUGUUUCGUUUCUUUUUUCAAAUUUUGUUAAUUAAAGUAUGUAACUCCA